GGUCCAUAGAUUUAGCAUAAAUAAAAGAAGCAACCUAUAAACCCUAAUCUCCUUAAGGUAAGCCAUUUCUUUUCUAGGGUUUCAGAGCAUCCAUAGUCGCCGUUCAUCUCCGCUGCAGAAAUGGCUCGGAUCAAGGUUCACGAGUUGAGGCAGAAAACAAAGGCAGAGUUGUUGACUCAACUCAAGGAUCUCAAGGCUGAAUUGGCUCUCCUUCGUGUCGCUAAGGUCACCGGUGGUGCACCGAACAAGCUCUCCAAGAUUAAGGUGGUGAGAUUGGGGAUUGCACAAGUUUUGACGGUAAUGUCACAGAAGCAAAAAUUGGCAUUGAGGGAAGCUUACAAGAACAAGAAGUAUUUGCCUCUUGAUCUUCGUCCUAAGAAGACCCGUGCCAUUCGUCGUCGCCUCACUAAGCACCAGGCAUCUUUGAAGACGGAAAGGGAGAAGAAGAAGGAGAUGUACUAUCCAAUGAGGAAGUAUGCCAUCAAGGUGUAGGCUAGGCUAUUCCCAUCUAGGAAGGUUUUUACAAUCCAAGGAAAUUUUGUUCAGACGUUUUGUUAAUCAUCUUCUAUAAUUGCUUUUUGCCAACAAUUGUUUCUGCCAUUUUAUUCAAUGUAUGGUGUUUUUCAUAA